ACUCCCUCCCUAAUCUCUGCCUUCUUUCAGCUGUGCUCUUGCUCUUAUCUCGCCUCUGGUUGCUCCUGCAACCAUGAGCCAUCACUUUAGUUCGCAAUCUACAUUUAGCUUAAGGAGCAGGCAGGCCUGUAACAACACGUCUUCCUCAGGCUUUGGUGGUGGCAGUCGGGUCGUGGGGUCUGUGAGUCAGGCUUGGGGGAGGGAUGGUUCUGGUGGAUAUGUGGGCCACGGAAGAGGGUUCGGCUCUCGGAGUCUUUGCAGCCUGCGUGGCUGUACAAGCAUUUCCUCGGGCCUGGUGGGCAGAAGUGCCAGCGGUUUCCACCAGGGUAGGGGAGCAGGAGGAAGAUUUAGAGUGGGAAGAAGCUUUGGGGGUUGUGGUCUUGGUAGUGGGAGUUUUGGAACUGGGAGAUUUGGAGGUGGUUGCCAUGAAGGAGGUAGCUUAGGAGUUGCAGGGGCUAUCAAUUUUGGGUCUGCAGGCUUUGGUCCUUCAUAUUCUCCGGGUGGCAUCCAUGAGGUGACUAUUAAUCAGAGCCUCCUAGAGCCACUUCACUUGGAAGUGGAUCCUGAAAUUCAGAAGAGCAAGACCCGAGAGCGGGAACAGCUUAUGGUUCUCAACAACAAGUUUGCCUCCUUCAUUGACAAGGUGCGGUUUCUGGAGCAGCAGAACCAGGUGUUACAAACAAAAUGGGAGCUUCUGCAGCAGGUGGACACCUUGUCACAGACCAACAGCCUGGAUGACUUCUUUGAGAACUACAUCAGUACGCUGCAGAAGCAGGCAGAUUUUCUUAAUGCUGAGCAGAUGCACAUAAACUCAGAGAUUGGGAGCAUGGAGGACAUUGUGGAGGACUACAAGAGCAAGUACGAGGAAGAAAUCAACAAGAGGACCAAUAUUGAGAAUGAGUUUGCAGAUCUGAAGAAGGAUAUGGAUGCUGCUUGUAUGAGUGAAAGAAAUCUGCAGUCCAAACUACACAUAUUGAUCGUGGAGAUCAAUUUCUUGAAGUAUUUAUGUGGUGUGGAGAUGUCCCAGGUGCAAACCAACGUCACUGACACCAAUGUCAUCCUAUCAAUGGAUAAUAACCGCACCCUGGACCUGGACAGCAUCAUUCAAGCAGUGCAGGCUGAGUAUGAACUGAUUAUACAGAAGAGUAAGGAUGAGGCUGAGGCGCUGUACCAGACCAAGUACCAGGAACUUCAGAUCUUAGCAGGGAGACAUGGAGAUGACCUGAAAAAUACCAAGAUGGCGAUUGCUGAGCUCAACCGCAACAUUAAGGGGAUGCAAGCAGAGAUUGCCAAUGUCAAGAAGCAGAUUGAACAGAUGCACUCGGCCAUUUCAGAUGCAGAGGAGAGGGGAGACCGGGCUCUCCAGGAUGCAAAACAGAAGCUUCAGAACAUGGAUGAGGCCCUGCAGAAUUCCAAGGAAGACUUGGCCCGGCUGCUGUGUGACUACCAGGCAAUGCUGGGGGCCAAACUGUCCCUGGAUGUGGAGAUUGCCACCUACUGCAAGCUGCUGGAGUGUGAGGAGAACAGGAUGUCAGGAGAACAGCAGAGCCACGUAAGCAUCGCGGUGCAGAGCAGCCAGGUAGCUGUGAGUGGUGACGGCGGUGGAGGUGGCUCCAGAGGUUACAGAGGCGGCUAUCCCAGCAGCAGCAGCAGCGGGGGCAGUUUUGGAGGCAGUGGCCGGAGCGGCAGCAGUGGGAGCUAUGGUGCCAAUACCAGGAGCAGCAGCAGGAGCGGGAGCCGAGCCGGCGGCAGCUCCUCGCGCCGCGUGCAGAUCAUCCAGACCUCCACCAUCUCCUCCCGCAGGCGAGUGGUGGAGUAGAGGCCCAGCUGAGCCAGUGUCUGAGUUCUGCACCCAACACAGCUCAGAACUCCUCCUGUCGCCACUCCCCAACCCCUCCACACUCUCCCUGACUCUCACUUAGCCCUACCUGAUGAGUCGCAGCAGUUUUGUGGAUAAAUUCAUCUCUAAGUGGGGAAAGCAGGGUGGCUAAGCCCAAUUAGCAGCUCUCUUUGGAGGGCGCUGUCUUAGAUGUAACAGUCAGACACCUCUUCACUCAGCCUCCCCUGGGCUGCCUGGGCUCCUGUCCUGGGGGCACUUCAGGGCUUAGUUAAAGCAGUGAGGGAAAGAGCCUGUGGAGCAUCUUCAAGGCAGAUGGUCCAGAGCUGAUGUCAGCUACACCAAGGGUCUUACUCCCAGGCUCUUUGCCCACACCUGGGCCUCUCCAUGAGAACCCAUCCCUCAGGGGCCUGGGAAUGAUCCCUUUGGUCAAGUGACUGAUUUCCAAGAAGCAACCUUGGUAAAGUACCUUUGUACCAAGGCCAAUCCUGCUUCUUGGUCAGUAGCCUUGCACUUCAAAAUUGAUGGCAGGUGUAAAUUUCUGCCUACAUCAUACCUGCAGGCCAUACCUGUCUUGAUCUUGUGCCCAGAAACGUUUAUCACCAGUUCCAGGUGGGAGUAUUUCAGCAGCCAGGUGAGCACAUCCUGUCUAAAGGAGGAAGGAGAAGCGCAUCCUUGUCCAAAGGAAGGAUUGUUCUUAGCAGUGGAUAGAGGGAUAGAUAAUCAAGUUCUGCUUCUGUCUUGUCCCUCCAGCCAGCUCUAUUCUUUGGAAGCUUGUCCUUUUCCAGAAUCUUCUCUAUUAGAACUGUGCUGAGAAGUUCCCCUUGGGUUGGGAGCCUGUAUCCCAGCUCUGUUCCAUUCUGCUGUCCUAGGCCUGAGGGGUGUGAGCACCCAGCUUGGGUUUUGGGCUUGAGUCCAUCUGAAAUCUCCCCAUAUUUUGCAAGGCAGUUUGAUGCUCUUUCUAAGAUCUUAUGAGUUGCUUCUGCCUCUGAAUGCCUUGUGAGAAUUCAUAACUUUCAAUUUAGAGUCAUAUACUAAAUACUUGAGAUGUGCUGGAGAGGACAGGGAGGGGACAGCACUGAUGGAACAUGAUUUGCUUCUCAGAUCUUGAGUCUACUUUGUGAGCUAGCUGAGUCUGUGCACAGCCAUUGAGUCCAUGAUUCUGUCAAGGCAUCGGAUGGGUAGUAUAUGGGCCCUUUGGAGAGGGCUUGUGACUUUGUCAUUUCCUGGUGGAAAGUUUUACCCUCUGGGUUUAGCAUUUCUUUUCUCUCUAAAAUAAAUUUUUCUGUGAUCUCAAAA